UUUCUCCUGCGCUCGAUCGGUCCAUCCCAUCUGCCAGGAUGCCUCUUGCGCGCGCUGCAUUAUCCUGUCGCCGCUGCCACCGACGCAAGAAGCGCUGUGAUCGCUCACUGCCCCAAUGCGAGACCUGUUGCCUGGCUCAAACGCCCUGCAGCUUUCUCGACGAUGACCGCCAGGUCGGGUCAUAUCCAAUUGUGUACGUUCAACGGCUGGAAAGCCGAGUCCAGGAGCUGGAGCAGCAACUUGCAGCUGUUGUGACCGGCACCGCAUCCACCAGUCCAAACAACCCGGUCGACGAACUCCAUGUGGCAGAAACAGUCGAUUUCUCGGCUCCUCCGAUAAUGGAUCCCAUACUAACUGGUCAUUCCGUCCCCGUACCGCCGGUAGAACGGUCCGACUCGCUCGUCGAAGAGCUGAAAUUGCUAUCGCUAGAGGCAACUGCCGAGCGUCAUCUGGGUUCUUCGUCCGGUAUUUCAUUUGCUAAACUUACCCAAGCUGUCCUUCGGCGGCUUUCCCCGGACAAGGCCGAAUUUGUCUUCGAACCAGAUCUCGAGCCCUCGCAAGACACAGGCAAUUUUGUGGACGAGUUUUCAACCCCAUCGGGCCUGGGGAACUGGGGCAGCUCGUUGCUUUAUACACCUUCCCUGUUUAGCGGACUUCCUUCAUCUCUUGAGAUGGAAGAUGACACGAUGAUGGCUGAUCUGCGACUCCCUGACGAAUCUCGCAUAAAUUACCUCAUGGAGUUCUACUUUGCACACUCGCACACCCUCUACCCGAUCAUCCGUCGCACCGAAUUCUGCUCGGGGAUUUGGCGCAUCUACUCGGACCCUCUUGAUCCGCUGGCCCAGUCUCCGCUGUGGCUGUUUCGAGUAUGGAUGGUCUUGGCGAUCGGAUCUACAACGCACUGUUCAGUCACGCUGGCUGAGGAGUCCGAAUCGGUUCUGUACUAUAAUAAGGCCAUGGUGUACUUCGAGCAGGCACUGGGCUACGGGGAUAUGGCUGCACUUGAGGUUUUGAUGCUGCAGGUUUCCUACUCGUUCUUUAAUCAACUUGGACCGAACACAUGGUUUCUGAUCGGGGUCGCGGCACGAAUGGCCAUCGGGAUGGGACUUCACACCUCGUCGACAUACAUCCAAUUGCCAACCGACAUGGCUGAAUAUCGCAAACGAGUUUUCUUUUCGGUCUACAUGAUGGACCGAGUAGUGUCCAUGGCUCUGGGUCGUCCAUUUGCCAUGCAGGAUGACGACAUCGACGUAAUACCGUUUGCCGACGUAGACGACGAAAAUAUCAAAUCCGAUAGCAUCAUUCCCCAGGACUCCUUGCAGCCCUCGAGUAUGGCAAUUCCCCUGCACAUUUUGGCACUGAGGCGCAUCGCCAGCGAGAUCUCGACGCGGGUCUACUCUGAUCGCAACGCUCGCCUAAGUUCAACAGACCGCGAAAACAUCAUUCAAUCGAUCCAUUGCAAGUUAGUUGAGUGGCGUCGAAACAUGCCGUUUCCGCUGCCCGACGUGCACUCGCAGGUUCCGCAUUUAAGUAGCAGCUGGUUUGAUCUAAACUAUUACACCCACAUCGCCAUGCUCUACCGCCCGUCGCCGUUGUUUCCCACCCUCGAUCCGGCAAAGGUGAAAGUGCUGGCCACGGCGGCAGCCAUGUCCAUUCGCCAAGCGAUCAACAUGCAUCGACAGCAGCGCUUUGCCUACAACUGGCUGAACCUGCUGGGCGUGUUCACCUCGACCUUGUCCUUGAUGUACGCAAUUACGGCGCAACCCGACAAUUUAGCGAUAAUAGUCGCGGAAUCCAAAGCCAUCGAGGACCUGAAACUGUCGGUAGAGUUGCUGGAGACAUUCAGCCAGAAAUUCCCGGCAGCGUCGAAAAUUAAACGCAUGGUUCAGGAGGUGAUGACGCGCUUUGCAGUGGUGUGCGGUGACCCGGUUAUAUAAUACUCAUUUGCAUGUCAAUUAAAGCACGUAGGACUUCGGGAGUAGUCAGGAUUGCUGAUAAUGCAUGGCCCUGUAAUCGAAGCGACCCCCGACCCUUGCUUAUCGGGUCGGACAGUCCGACACCACCAUGUCGACCACACCGACAGUAACGCUGGGUGGGGAUCGCUGUCUAUAUUUUGGAUCGGCUAUAUAAUGCUUCGAAUUGACUCAGCAAUCCAGGUACCAUCGAAAUAAUAAACUCAAAAUGUCUGACCACCAUCUUACCGACAGAUGGCCGAGUAUCCUGCAGCGCGUCCCUGAUGCGGCACCACUGGCUGUGGCACUCGCCAUCAUUUUGAUAUGUGCUAUUUAUCGCUUUACUUUGGACACCG